UGGGGUCUGGGGAGAGCGGAUAUAGUGAAUGCGGGGUCCGGGGAGAGCGGGAUAUAGAGAAUGCGGGAGAGCGGAUAUAGUGAAUGCGGGGUCUGGGGGAGAGCGGAUAUAGUGAAUGCGGGGUCCGGGAGAGCGGAUAUAGUGAAUGCGGGGUCCAAGGGGAGAACGGAUAUAGAGAAUGCGGGUUCCGGGGAGGGCGGAUAUAGUGAAUGCGGGGUCCGGGGAGAGAGGAUAUAGUGAAUGCAGGGUCCGGGGAGAGCGGAUAUAGUGAAUGCGGGGUCCAGGGAGAGCGGAUAUAGUGAAUGCGGGGUCUGGGGAGAGCGGAUAUAGUGAAUGCGGGGUCCGUUGGAGAGCGGUAUUAGUGAAUGCGGGGUCCGAGGAGAGCGGAUAUAGUGAAUGCGGGGUCCGUUUGGAGAGCGAAUAUAGUGAAUGCGGGGUCCCGGGGAGAGUGGAU